UCACCAUUGCCUCUCUCUCUACUGUUCACUCGUCAGCUUCGUUCGUUCUCUCUCGCAUAGCUCAUACACAACCAUCCUUCACGAUGGAAUUGGGCAAGGACAAAGAGGAGCUCGAAACAUGUCCCAUCUGCCCGUCCCCGGGCCCGCCAAUCCCCACUCCGCCCAAGUCGUCAGAUCGCGAUGAGGACGACGAGGAACUCCAGUGGAUCGCAUGCUCCAAGUGCAAGAAAUGGUAUCACUGCGUUUGUAUAGUUAUGAACUCGGAGUAUAAAGACACCGUACCAGCCGAGCUGUUGCAAGAGCUCGACGCCAGCGGGCAAGGGGAAUGGUUCGACUGGGCCGAUCGGGUUGAUCGAUGGUAUUGCAAGCCGUGCAUUGAUCACUCCAAGUCACCAGAAAACCCGAAGCCUCCGCGCAUCCCAAUGCACGCUACGCUCCGGCGCAAGCGCGUGGCGAAGAGCGGCGCAUCAGCAUCUCCAAUCGGCAAGCGCGCGAGGCUCGAGACACAGACUCACGCCUCUUCGUCCGCUAACGGGGACGCUACACUGGAGCAGGGAAGGCCGAAGCGACGCGCGGCGCUGGAUCGCCCGGAUUAUCUCAACAUGCACAACCACACUGCGACGCCUACUCGCGGCUGGAUCGACCUCAUUAAGAACCCGGCAAAGUAUGACCGAGUGAUCAAAGAUGGCAACUUUCCGCGUGUUCCGGCAACCUUGCUGCGCAAGGAGUGGAUCGAGUCUGGGGUCACUGCGUCCGAUGUGGCAGUUGGCACAGCUCCGUUUCCGGCUCACCUUCCUCCUACCUUGUUCUAUGGUCCUACGCGAGAGCCGCUUGUCGUACGGCCAGAGGAUGGUGGCAUCGCCUCAAUGGGCGGCAAAGUGCCCGAACCCGGCCUAACGGUGGACGAUGUCGCGCGCCUGGUUGGUCCCCAACGCAUGGUAGAUGUCAUCGACGUUGCAACUCAGCAAUCUUCACAGUGGCCGCUAGAGAAAUGGGCGCAGUACGUGAAGAACCGCUCGGAUCCCAACGCUGCCUCUAGUAGCAAAGUGUACAACAUCAUCUCCUUGGAGAUUUCGGGCACUGACUUGGCCCAGCAAGUUCGACCACCCAGCAUUGUUAGCGACAUUGACUGGGUAGAAAACUUUUGGCCGUUUCCGGGAGGGCCUGAGGCUGCAAAACGUGCUGCUGCUCGAGCGUCGGAGGGACUGGAUGAUGCGGGACAGACAAAGGGCAAAGUCAAGAAUGAAUGGCCGAAGGUGCAGCUGUAUUGCCUGAUGGGAAUGAGGGACGCAUGGACGGAUUGGCACGUCGACUUCGCCGCCAGUUCUGUCUACUACAAUGUGCACACCGGGUCUAAGGUGUUCUUCUUCAUCAGGCCGACUGCGGCGAAUCUCGCGGCGUAUGCCCGCUGGAGUGGGUCACAUGAGCUGCAGCAAACGACAUGGCUACCUGACCUGUGCGAUGAGGUGCGGAAAGUGACUCUCGUUGCAGGUGACACAAUGAUCAUCCCUUCUGGCUACAUCCAUGCGGUGUACACCCCUGUUGACAGCAUCGUGUUUGGCGGAAACUUUGUCCACAGUUACGACAUUCCGACUCAACUGCGAUUGCGAGAAAUCGAGAUUGACACUCGCGUUCCGCAACGAUUUCGCUUCCCGUACUUCGACAGACUGUGUUGGUAUGUCGCAACCCGUUACACGGAUGAUCUACGUCAAUUGCGGGCGUUUCGUCCCACAGGCAAGGCGACAAAACGUCAGCGGCCGUACGACCGCGUGUUACGCGGGUUGCUUGUACUUGCGCGCUUCCUGAUCAGUGAAGUCGACAAGAUGACCGACGAUGCGACGGACGAAAAGGAGAAGCAGUUGAUAUACCGCCGAAUCCCUACAGACAUAUCUGACCCCGCUGCUUUAGCGCACGAAUUGCUCUGGCGCGUCGAGAAUGAGCUUCCAGAUGUCUGGGAAGACGAGGAAGAGGUCAAGCUGGUCGGGGGACGCAAGGGAAAGCGGGCGAAGCGCACCGAGAAUGGCACUGCGCAGAGUGAACCCAAGGCAAUGCGGCUGCUCGACAAACCCAUCUCCUCUCGAACUUGGAACUUCAAGCCAGCACCUUGGACGCAGGCUGACCAUCCCCUAUUGAAGACGACUACCAAGGUCUGGCUGCCGCGGCCUGGGGGAGAUGGGACGCCAGAGGAGGCUGACCAGGUCUCGGCGAUCUAUCACCAAAGCCGGGAACGCACGAGGGUGGAGAGCGGCGAGACAAUCUUGGAGGAUCAAGACAUAGUAUUUACGGAGCGCCGCAUCACUUGGCCCUCCAAGGCUGAAGCCACUGAGUCCCAAGUUGCAGAGAGCGAUGGUCAGCCUUCAACAUCAGGUCUUGGUGGAGUCAAGGCCAAGGUGGAGGCUGAGGUGGAGGUGUAGCGGAAGCAAUUGUAUCAAUCCACCAUGUAUUUCGUGUUCAAUG